ACGCGUGUGUACCUAUACUCGUUGCUGGAAAUAGUGUGUAUCUUUGGAGUCGCGGAUAUUUUUGGCUGGACUCCAAAAUUUCGCACAAGCAUCUUCGGGGUGUAUAUUGUACUCUGGUUUUGUAAAUCCCGGAAGAGGUGAUGGUGCCAUUGUGUCGUCGGGGAGUCCGGUUUUGCAAUUAGUUUAGACUACGGCUGAGAUUUUCGGGGCUGCUCUUGUAUAAUCGCUCCUUCGGUCGUCGUUAUGGCAGAUCGGACGAGAUUGGCGUACGUGAGCGCAGCGGUGGUGGGUGCCGGCACGGCGGUGGUCCUCGUCUGGUGGUGGUGGACCAGGCGCCAAAGGUACCGGCCGCCCAACAAGUGGCGCAAAAUCGGCGAGCUGAGCGAUCUCAUAUGCUACCCGGUAAAAAGCCUCGGCCCGGUGAGGCUCCACUCGAUGGAGUGCACCCAGCUGGGCCUCAAGUCCGGCUGGAUGAGGGAUCGCACCCUCAUGGUCAUCGACCUCGACGGGCAGUUCGUCACCGGCCGACAGCUCCCUAAAAUGGUCCAGGUGUCACCGAGCUUUGCCGGUUCGGUGCUGACCCUGAAGGCCCCGGGUAUGAUGAGCGUAUCGGUGGACCUGGCGCGGCUUAGGGGCCGUUUUCGGGCGGCCGUCUGGGGCCAAGCGGUGCCAGCCUGCGACUGCGGCGAGGAAGUGGCGCGCUGGCUCUCCCGGUUCCUCCUCCAGGAGGACACUGGACUCCGGCUCGUCUACUACCCGCUCGAGAAGCCCAGCCGGGAGGUGCGCAAGUGCAACCAGCCCUUCCCCCUCACCGAGAACGCCGACACGGGGGCGUAUCCGGACGCCACGAGCUACACGCUGGAAAACGAGGCGUCGAUCGCCGAUCUGAACUCGCGGCUCGAGGUGCCGGUCGGGCCCUUGAACUUCAGGCCGAACUUUGUCGUCAAGGGGGCUCAGCCUCUCGAGGAGGACGCCUGGGAUUGGCUGAUGAUCGGCGACACCGUGUUCCGCAACGUCAAGCCCUGCACCAGGUGCGUCUUCACGACCGUCGAUCCCGAGACCGGGGUCAAGAGUCCCAACUUCGAGCCCCUCAAAACUUUGAGAAAGUAUCGGCAAGUAGCCGAUCCGGAGUUGCGGCAGUACACCAAAGACAGCCCGGUCAUGGGUGUGCAUUUGGGCUUGCGUUGCUCCAGCGGGACGGUGCGACUGGGUGAUCCUGUCUACGUGGGGGAACCGGAGGAGCCGCCGCUCGUGUCGCCGCCGUAGCACCAUCGCUGGGGCUCCUGCUACGACGAGCCCGAUCUUUUUGUUCCCUGAUGGGAGUCUACCUCUCUCGCCCGAGACGUGAUGGUUAUUGUUUUAGCGCAAGUUUGUGUAGU